CUCGGUGGCGCCACAAGUUGGCACGUUCGGCGUUGGCGCUAUUAGCAGUCAAUCACAGUGUCUACUUGUUCGCAAUUCGGAGUGGUGGUGGAUGCUGCACUUGUCAUCAACACAAAGUAGUAUUCUGCUCGGUUAUAGUCCUGCAGACUCGAGUAGGAUCUAACCGAGUCCUGCGACGACGUGUUAACAAUGGGCCAACGCUUUUUAGUUCAGUAAUAACUAUGAUAACGAGGUGAAAAUUAAUCGGUGCUAAGUUAAUGACCAACUUGUACGAUGACGGUGAUCGGCGGCGUCGAAGGUGGCAAUAAUAAUCUCAAUCAUCACCUGCAUCAGAAUCCAGCUUAUCAAGCCGGCCGAGAAUUCGCAGUAUGGUUAGCCAGAGCAAAAUUACCAAGAGCCAUAGUAAUUGCCUUGGCAUGCCUCUGUAUACUGCCACUUUUCAUUCAUUACUAUCUAUCACAGGUGGAAGCAAGCGGGCACCUAGAUGUAUUUCAAACGCGCUCCAGACUAGAAACAUUUCAAGACUUUUCAGCCAAGUCUGCAGUCGAGUUAAAAGCUCGCAUAGAAGAAAUGUUGAGAAUCAAAACAUCAGUUAACAAUGAACUCAAAGAUCUUGAAACAAAGCGUCGCAAACUCCACCAUGAAGUCAGCAGUUUGACUCAACAAAUUGAUGAAUUAAAACAAGAAGUGACUCAUCAGACAAUGGAGCUAGAAAGAUUGAAAAUUAGUGUUAUUCAAGCUCAAGAAUCUCAUCGUGAAGCUGUAGAAAGAAAUACUCCUGAACUAGCAGCACCUAAAAGAAUAAUAAGUGAAUAUGUUCCAGAACACACUCCUUUCCACUCCAACUCCAAAAACUGCAGAAUGUUUAACUGUUUUGAUCACAGUCGCUGUGCUUUAACAAGUGGUUUUCCAGUAUAUUUGUAUGAUCCUGAAGACUUUCCUAUCGUCAAUGAUGGAUGGGAUAUAGAUGGUUUUUUAAAAAUUUACAUAAAGCAGACGCUAGGUUACAACCCACAUCUAACAAAUGAUCCAGCUGAAGCAUGUAUCUACAUUGUCCUUGUCGGUGAAGCACUGACAUCUUCUUACAAGGCUAAUAAUUCUAGAGGACCACUGAGUGUUAGCAAACUGCACUCGCUUCCUUAUUGGGGCGGUGAUGGCAGAAACCAUAUUUUAUUGAACCUUGCUCGACGUGAUUUAUCUGCCGAUUCAGGAGCAUUGUUAAACAGCGUUGAUACAGGCAGAGCUAUAGUAGUGCAAUCAACGUUCUUUCGAGAACGCUUUCGCGAGGGAUUUGAUCUAGUUGUUCCUCCUAUAUUAGGCCCUCCAGGUGGUGACGUAUGGUCAGAGUGUGCUCAUAUGCUGCCAGCUCGAAGAAAGUUUUUGCUUUCUUUUCAAGGUGAAAUGAAGGCCAUGAAAAUUCUUUCCACGACCAAUCAGAUCAUAGACGACGCCGAGCUCGACAUCGAGCGAGCAUCGAUGGACGAAAAUAAUUUGGACAUGUUCAUCAUUCAGCACUUGAAGGACAUGAGCAGCGGCCCGACGUCGGACAAAUUUUUCAUUCAGUUCGAGUGCGUGCCGGCCUCGGAGGAGAAGCGCUCGAACGAGGUGCUCGACUGGUCGCUCUGCGGCACGGAGUCGUCCAGAAAAUCCAUCCUGCGAGAGUCCACCUUCGCCCUGAUACUGGCGCCGAGCAACGUCAGCUUCUUGUCCACCGCCGUGAUGCAGGCUCGCCUGUACGAGGCCCUGAGAUCGGGCGCCAUACCGGUGAUCCUCGGCGGCGAUCGCGUCGCCCUGAGCUACAAAGAGGUCGUCGCCUGGAGAAGAGCCGCCAUAUUCUUACCCAAGGCUAGAGUUACGGAGAUGCACUUCAUGUUGAGAGCCGUGCCCGAUAACGAUUUGCUGACGAUGAGACGACAGGGAAGACUCGUAUGGGAGCGAUACUUCGGUACCGCGCAAAGCGUCGUCGAUACGAUAGUCGCCGUUAUCAGAGACAGACUGGGAAUACCUCCGAGGCCAGCUCCAGAAACGCCUAGUAUAAGUGUUUUCAAUUCAUCCUUUGUGCCUUUGAGAUCGGACACAAUAGUUCAAGAUAACGUGGGCGAGGAAAGCUUGGGUCCACUCGAACCGCCAUAUCCAUCCCCGAGUUACAGGCGCAACUACACCACGUUAUUGGUACAGGGUCACGAGAUUUGGAACGAGUGGGUGGAUCCAUUCAAUCUGUAUCCUCACCUACCCUUCGAUACUGUUCUUCCGAGUGACGCCAAACACAUCGGCUCGGAGUUGGGCUUCAGGCCGAUCGGCAAGGGAGCAGGUGGCGCGGGCAAGGAGUUCAGCCAGGCGCUGGGCGGCAAUCAUCCGCGUGAGCAGUUCACCGUGGUCAUGCUGACCUACGAGCGCGAGCAGGUCCUCAUCAAUUCUCUGGCUCGGCUGUACGGGCUGCCCUACCUGAACAAGGUGAUCGUGGUGUGGAACAGUCCCAAGCCGCCCGUGGAGGACCUGAGGUGGCCCGACAUCGGCGUGCCGAUAAUCGUCGUGAAGACCAAGCGCAACAGCCUGAACAAUCGAUUUCUGCCGUUUGACGCCAUCGAGACGGAGGCCGUGCUGUCCGUGGACGACGACGCCCACCUGCGCCACGACGAGAUCAUGUUCGGCUUCAGGGUCUGGCGAGAGCAUCGCGACCGAGUCGUGGGCUUCCCGGCGCGCUUCCACAACUGGGAUCAGAACAAUCACAACUCGUGGAACUACAACUCGAAUUACUCGUGCGAGCUGUCGAUGAUACUGACGGGCGCAGCCUUCAUACACAAGCACUAUACAUAUCUCUACACGCACUGGUUGCCCCAAGCCAUAAGGGACAAGGUCGACGAGUACAUGAACUGCGAGGACAUAGCGAUGAAUUUCUUGGUCUCGCACGUCACCCGUAAACCCCCUGUCAAGGUCACGUCGCGCUGGACGUUCCGAUGCCCAGGAUGCCCGGUAUCGCUGUCCGAGGAUGACUCGCACUUCCAAGAAAGACACAAAUGCAUGAAUUUCUUUUCACAAGUGUUUGGCUACAUGCCAUUACUCACUACGCAAUAUCGUGCCGAUUCGGUACUUUUCAAAACGAGAAUUCCUCACGACAAACAGAAAUGUUUCAAGUAUAUAUAAAUGUUGACGAUGAUUAUUAUAUUGCCAGUGAUUGGAUAGACUUUUUCGGACCUGUUGAAACAUUGACACGAUCGGAACGAUCGUGAAAAAAUAUUUAAUAUAAAUAGUCAAUGACCCGCGAGCCAUUUAGUUGAAUGUUCCGUAAAUACAGUUUAACUGUGCGUAACGCAUUUUUUUACGCUUCGUAAUUGUAUACAUUUGUCUGUAAAUAGGUGUAAUCAUGUAAUUCUGUAUAACCAUAGUGCUAAUGCUGCUAUGUUAAUAAUAUUUUUUUAUAUAAUCUUUAUAUAUAAUUCGACUCAAGCAAAUACGCUGACAAAACUAUUAUGACGUGCUUGAGACAAUAAAUGGAUGAUAUCGUUUGUUAUUGUCCUUGUUACUUUAAAUUCGUUGAUAGUCUUGUUGAGAGAAAAAAAAUUAAGUAACAAAAAAACGAUUGUUAAUAAAUUGUAAAUAGACUCGGGAACGAGAGCUCUCUAACUGUAAACAGUAUGCCAUAGCGAGUUUUUCGGCGAUUUACAUAAAUAUUUGUACAUAAAAUUUUUUGCCAAUCGCGAUGAUUUUUUAUUAUUUCUUUAUAGAAAAAACAAACUGUACGAUCUAUAUAGUCGACUCUGAGUCGAGCCAACUAGCGGAGAAAAAAAAAGCUGUUUUCUAUGUAUAUAUGCCAUUGUAUUUAGAAUUUAUAAAUACGUCGAUAAUAGACUUUAAGGAUACUUUUUUUUUAUAUAAAUAUAUCAAAUGAAACCGUUCGCUCAUUGUGCAACCGAUUACCGAUUUAUACUUGUAAAUACACAUUCGUCCGGAUGUUUGUGUACCGUUAAUUAUAUCUUUUUUUAAUGUAUAAUUAAUGUAUAAUCAUGACAAUUUCUACCAGAAAAAAAAUGACACUCGUUCGCUUCGCUUAGAGAAGCUAGUGCAAUAAAAGAGCAUUUUUUCAAACUGCGUAAUGAAAAA